AUGCAAAACCAUAAAGGAAUUGAAAAACUAAACAUCUACAUGAUUUCUUUCUAUAACUAUAGUUUUUUUACAGGGCAUAAGAGUUCAAUGAAAAUUUUGGAUAAAUAUCAGUUUUUAGCUCUUUCUAAUGUUGUUUCAACUAAAGCUAUUGAAAAAUCUCUAUCGUACAAACUAGAAGAGGCGUGUAGCGCAAUGCCACUUUUCAAAACAAGCAGUGGCAUCCUUAUUCAGGAGGCACCCCUAGUAUUCAUUCCUCUACAUUGGCCAAAUGCUGGAGACAGCUCAACUUUACGAAAAGGCCCCUUAGAUGUUGCUGUUUUGAAACACUAUACAAAGGAUAAUAGCAAAGAUGGUGAUCGAACUCUACUUGCAACAGGUUCUUAUGAUGGGCAAACCAGAAUAUGGAGUAAAGAUGGAGAGCUGAUGAGUACAUUAACAAAACAUAAAGGGCCAAUAUUCUCUUUAAAAUGGAACAAGAAAGGAGCCUAUCUUUUAAGUGGCAGUGUAGACAAAACAGCAAUUGUAUGGGACAUUAAGACUGGAGAAUGGAAACAACAAUUUGAGUUUCACACAGCUCCUACUGAUGUUAAUUUAUGUCUGUAA